GCUGAAUCGAAUUUGCAGUUAAGCUACCCCUCGCUAGGGCGACUAACCUGUGACGAGAUUGCGAGGAGGCCCCCACGACAGGCCACGAAAUUGCCACUGAGGGGUAGAGGAUCACCCGACUGGUACCAACCGUCGCUGACCACUGCGAAUCGCCGCUGACCACUUCGUAUCGCCACCAACCGCCAAAGGGAAGAACAAAAUGGGAGCCACUGUGAGCUACCUCCGAUGCGUAACCAGCAUAGCAGGCCUCUCGAGCCUGGUCCUCUCGCUGUUCCCCAAGCUGAUCAUGAAGAACCCUCAAGUCCUAAGGCCGCUGCUAAACAUCAGUUGGGGGUACCUCUUCGGGUCGACGUUCUGGCUGUGCCUUUUCUCGGAAGUUGGUUUGUUUAGGAGCCUCAAAAAUAUGAAGCGAAUCCCCAUCCCCGAAAAUGCAGAGGAAGCAAAAAAACAGUUAGAAGAAAUGAAAAGCAUGGAAGGAGAUUUCACCAGAAGGAGAGAAGACUUCCAAUAUUUUUUUGGUUUUUCAACUCUUUUUUCUGGCAUUCUCCUCUUAUCCACGGUGAGACUGGCAAACCACAACAUGCAGCUGAGGAUCAGCUCGACCAUUGUUGCCCUAUCGUGCCUCUUAAACAAUUUGUACCUUCAGAAUAAGGUGCACAGUUUGAAGAUUCAGAAGGAGAAUUUAUAUAAUGAGCUCAUUAGGAACCCCAAGAGUGAAACUACCAUUGCAGAGAUUAAGAAGAAUAAGAAGGACUUCCACAUUUACCACGGGCUGUCUCUCCUCUCCCUCUACAUUUCCUUCCUCGGCCUGACGCCCUACAUUUUUACGUAGCGCUAACCGCGUUGUGUGCGCACAUGCGUGUUAUGAUGCCCAUUAGCAUACAUCUCGUGGGGGCGCAGCGUGUGUGAACGCCGGCCAGCGAGACGUCCACCCAGUAUGCAUUUCAGCAGCGCAGAGGCGUACGUCGCGCCGUUUCCUAUUCAUAUCGUUGCUCCACUUCGUCGCUUCUUUACGUCGUCGCUUCUUUACGUCGCCGCCCCUUCACUGCUUCCCCUCCUUGCUUGUGCAACGAAAGCUCGCCUCCUCCCCUCCGUGCGCAUUACCACACACGAGGAGAGAAGGCUCGCCGCCGGACCCAGAACUAACCCUUUUCAGCAAAAUGAAACUUCCCCAUUUUGCCUAAAUUAUAUAUGUUAUCGUUUUUUUCCCGAAGAGGGGCUAAACGUACCCCGUGCGGCUAUACCAUUUUGGUGAGUCGCGAUGAGAAAUUUUC